AUGGCUAGCCAUAUCAUCGGGAAUCGCAACAGCACUCCGGAAGCCGCUCCGAAUUCCACUCUGCGUCCUCCAUCGUCCGCUCGAACCCUCGGAUCACACCAGCUGCGAGCUUCGGCUGACAUGUCGGGUUUCCCCUCGCCGCUGUCAUCACGCAGCAUGCGUCCAUCUUCGGAGGUUUUUUUCAACCAACAGUCGCAGGGUCAGAACACUUCAGACGAUGCGUUGGAUCGGGCUGCUCAGCAGUGGCUGGCGGAUAUUGACCAGAAUGAGACUACAUUGGAAGAGAUGGCAGCUGCCACCCUCGACCAGGACUUUAAGGAUGAACUCUCGGCCAUCGAGCAGUGGUUCCGGGUUCUGAGUGAGUCGGAGCGCACGGCAGCCUUGUAUGCGUUGUUGCAACAGACAACUCAGGUGCAAAUCCGGUUCUUCAUCCAGGUUCUGCAGCAGAUGUCCCAGUCUCAUCCUAUAUCUGGCAUCCUUUCACCAGCCAACUUUGGUGAGAAAGAUGCCAUGUCUAGUCGCUUGAACGAUGCCAUGUCCAAACUUAACAUGGACAACACACGGAACUCUAUCGGCCGGCCUCCACCAUCGCCUGGUGCCAAACGGAACUCGGCUCUCGAUCCCUCCACUAUUAAUGCCAUGUUCCCUGAUGCGGCUGCGGCCAUUGCGAAGAAGAAGGCGGAGUUCACUCAGCAAACAGGAAACGCCCCUCCUUCGAACCGUAAUAGCUUGGUUUUUGGUGACCGUACCUCGUUUGUUGCUCCCACCAUCUCAGCCCCGGACAAUGAUACCUUGAGCCAGCCUCCGGCAUCUCCAUGGGCUUCACGUGGGGGACUAUCCGACACUCAGCCGCCGAUUGCCCGUCCCAAGUCUUCUUCUGGACAUCAACCCAUGGGCCAAUUUAGCCAGCCAUCCGCCUCCGGUCUUCGUUCUCCUCUCCCCCAGACCGCCACGAUUCCCGCUCCGGAUAUUGAGCCACCUUUGCUUUCGCCGUACAAUGUUGGAAAUCACAGCUGGGCCUCGAUGACCAACACUCCCAUGACCGCAACCUUCGGCCAACAGCAACAAAACCAGAACUCCCAUGCGGAUAUGGUAGCCAAUGCGACCGCCAUGAAGCUAGCUGCUCUGUCAACCGUGAACAACCGUAUUGCUUUGGACGAUGCCCGCAAGUACCGUCGCGCCCGGUCCAAUGAUGGUCAGGGACGAAACUCUAAUAUCAAUGCGGGUAUUCCUCAAGGCUUGGCAAGCCCUGGUCUCCCAGGUUCCAACCAUCUGGCCGGUCAGCUUCUGAAUGCUCAACAGCUGGCUGCUCUCCAGGCUCAACAGCAAGCUGCUAUGGCUGGUCAUCGCUCUCGGCCUACAUCUCCUGGUAUCGCCAUGCAGGGCGCCAAUGGCCUUGGUGGUAUGAGUUUCACCUCACCCCAGAACAACGGCUUCCUCGCAGCCUAUGAUCCCAACAACCCUCUCAUGGGCAAUGGGCUCAGCUCUCUUGGAAUUGGCCAGUUUGGCCUGGGUGGUGAAGGUUAUUUGUCUGACCAUUCCGAAGUUACUCGUGGACGUUCGCCCCGUGGUCGUCGUGGCAGCUCGAAGCCGCCAGAGGACCCUACCGACCCUGCUCUUCUGAAGGAUAUCCCCAGCUGGCUGCGAUCCCUUCGCCUACAUAAAUACACCGAUAAUUUGAAGGAUCUUAAGUGGACGGAUCUGGUUGAGCUUGAUGACCAGGCAUUGGAGGACCGUGGUGUCAACGCACUGGGUGCCCGGAACAAGAUGCUCAAGGUCUUUGAGCAAGUCAAGGAAGCUCGUGGUGAUGGCAAGCUUGAAGGCCUCGAAUGA